GUGCGAUUUUCACAAGUUUGCUCGCUUGUGUGGCAAACUGGAGCGCGACUGCAGUCCGCAUCUUUCAGUGCCGUGCCCGAUUGUUUGGCCUGUUGUGAAAUUAGGUUCCGUUGUUUUGUUUUCGAAAUUGCGAUUGUGAUUGUUGGUCUUUUUGUAGUGAUUUUUACUUGAAAGAGUACCCCGCCAUGAGUUCCACGGAGUUCCGCCUGGAGCGCAGCCAGGAGCUGUCGCCGGAGACGCGAGCGCUGGCCGAGCAGGAGCUGCGCGAGACCCCCGAGCGAGUUCGUGAGGCGCUGGAGCGCCUGCGAGAACUGCUCAAAGAAAACAAGGACUUGAACUUCGCUGAUGACGAUGAGACGCUUACAAUCUUCCUCCGCCCCUGCAAGUGGUAUCCUGAGAGCGCGCUCGCACUGAUGCGGAGAAUAGCAGAGUUCAAACGGGACAACGCGUCGUUGCUAGACGGCCUGAUGCCCGACCACGAGAAGGACGCCUUCCUGAACCAUAACGUAGUGAACGUCAUGAAGGGGAGAGACGACAAGGGCCGGCGGGUGCUCAUCGUUAACGCUGGAGGUACCUGGGACCCGAAGAAGGUGAACGCGGACCAGCUGUUCCGGCUGUUCUACCUGAUCCACGAGGCCGCCAUGCUGGAGCCCGAGUCGCAGGUGCGCGGCACCGUCGUCAUCAUGGACUUCAACAACAUGGGCUGGACGCAGACUAUGGGUCUAACGCCAUCGUUCUCGAAGCGGCUGCUGACUUUCAUCCAAGACGCCAUGCCGCUGCGGCUGAAGGAAGUGCACUUCGUGAAACAGCCCAUGGUCUUCAACGUCGUCUGGAAGAUGUUCAAGCCCUUCGUCCGGGAGAAGCUGAAGAACAGAAUCUUCUUCCACGGCUCCAAGAUGUCGUCCCUGCACGAGCACCUGGCGCCGUCGCACCUGCCCUCCGACUACGCUGGCGAGCUGCCCGCCAUCGACUACCGCGGCGCCGAGUGGUACCCCGUCAUCAACGAGAUCAUCCCCCACAUCGAGAAGUGGAACUCGUACGGGUUCGCCAAGACUUCGUAAAUGCAUUUAGUGGUAGUUGGGGAAGCGCAUUUGUUGCGUGUUGACAUGCUGACUAGUCACCAAGAUUAGUUGGGAGCGAUUUUCUUUGGCGUUCAAAAGUAACACUUGCUCUGCAUAGGCUGUCGAAAUUGCUGUCAUCGUAGCUUGGUCUGGCUCUACAAUAAAUAGUGGAAAAUUGUAUGUAGGAGCUUCCAAAAGGUGACGAGCUUGUCCAGGAUCCUUAUCGUAACUUUUUGACAAGAGGUUAAAAGUGAUCAGGUAUUAUGCCAACCAUAAAACAUUGUGAUAGUGUUUAGUAAAGCUCUCACGCAAAAUAUCUCCCACGCAUAAAAGUCCCACUUUGUCGCUAACCAUAAAGACGAGAUAUGCUUGUAUCUUUAUAUGAUUAAACUAACACAGCGGCUUUAUAGCAAUCGACAAAGAGAGACGUUUUACUAAACUCGGUUACAUUUGCUCAGACUUAACAGUUAUUACACCAGUUUAACAUCCAAGAUCUUCUUUGGGAUCUCGAACAAAUAGGUAUCUCAAAUCAGGAGACAUACUCAAAGGUUAUUACAGAUGGCGCCUCCCUACUCCAUUGCACAGAUAAAGAAUUUCAUACGUGAAAGCGAGAAGAUGAUAUGUUGUUUCUCUCUCUCACAUAUGAAUGACAGUGACAUGCCUAGGCACUUGCACAGGCGCCGCCUGGCGGGAUAAAAUGUCAGUGUGCCUCCUCAUUCCUAUAGGAUCUUAUCGGGAAUUUUAAAUAUGUGUCAACACAAAUGUCCCCUUCACACGUUAAACAAAUGCUCUUCGCUAAUAUUAUAAGAAUGUGGAUAAGCCACAAACUAUACAAAGACCUCUUGUCUUCGACAAACAGCUCCCGCGGGAUCAAUGGAUUCCUUUCACAUUCGACCCCGGAGGCUAAGAUAAGGGGUCAGAGUAGAUUAGUAGAAGAUUGCCAUAAACAAGUUUCUGUGCAGCAAGCAUAGGUACAACGGUCAUUCUCUGAGAAUAGAUCCGUUUGCAUCUAACAGCCACGACUCUUUUCAUACAUUUCAUGUGAAAAUUCAUGGGUCGUGACUAUUAGACCCCAAUUUUUUUGAGAAUGGCCACCAAGCCUGCUGUUCAUAUUAGGGUUCUUAGGUAAUUUCGUAAUUAGUAUCGCAUGAAUGCCCAUGACAACUGUUGUGUAUGUCUUAUGGAUUAGUUGUGUAGGUAGCUACUUUAAGUUAUUUUAAUAAUAAUCAUUAUGAAUGGUCGGAGCAGCUGCAAUGUUUUGAAUGUGAUAUUUGAUACAAAUACUUUUACACAUAUAUUGCGUAUCUUCAUAUAUCUUACUUGGGAUUUCAAUGUUGUUCAAAUAUGUGUAUAAUUAUGGUGUAAAGUGGGCGAAUAUCAUGACAUUUAUAAUAUGUAUAUACCUAUUAAUAUAUUUCUAUAAAAUAUUCUAUUAAAUUAUAUUUCAUAAAUAUAUACCUAAUUUAAGCUCAAAUAUCGAUUUUAAAUUGUGACAUGAAAAUGUGUGCCUUUUGCAAUUAUGAUUCAAAUAUAUACAGAGGCUGUGAAUGUUAUGUUAGUACGUGCCAGAUUACCAUGUUCACCAAAAAAUGUAGGUAUAAAUCGUCAACUUGUAUGUGAUAUAUAUUAGAAACACAGGCCAAGAGAGCGUUCUCUAGCCUGUGGAUAGAUUGCAAACAAUAAUUAGUUGUCUAGUUAUGUGCCUCCAAAAAAUCAUUCCAAGAAUUAGCUAUUAAUUCCCAAAAAAACAUGUUUUGAUGUUAUAUACCUGACUUGCUCAAAAUAGAUAUUAUGUAUAUACAUGAAAAAGUGUCCUUUUAGUAAAAUGUUUUAAGUAAAGGAAGUUUUUAGAAGGUAA